UUAUUUAUUGGAACAAAUAUAAAUAAAUGUACAUAAUAUGCAUAGACUACUUGUUCAUUGUUUAUAAACUGUUAAUUCAUAUCACCCAAAAGACACCACAGAGGUCGACUUCUGUGUUGUAUAAUAUUAUUAGCGUCUGUGCCUUUAAAAGACGUUCACUGUUAUUCCUCUCCUUGAUUCUGCGCUGGUAUUUAAACUCAAGCUAACAAUUCGCCGGUGCUGUUGAUCAGCAGAUGAAACAUCCUUCUCACUCAAUGCAGACACAAACCAUUGGGCUAUCAUUCGGCACUAUCUAAAGAAAGGCUAACACCUCAUACCGGAAUCGGAGGUUUUUUUUACGCCUUGAUGUGCAUGAUACGGCGUAAUAUGACUCACCAUCACCUUCUGCAUAUUCUGGUAUUUAUCAGUUUAUAACUUUUCUGUUGAGUUAUGCAUACUUGGGUUAUUAUUGUACUUUUUGGUGCGCUACUCUGUGCGCUCCACCAGUGCUUGGAAUGCCCAUCAGGCUGCCGAUGCUUUGCUGACACGCGCACAGUGAAAUGCGUCUCCAAGGACCUUCGCGCCAUACCACAAGAUAUUCCGGGAUACACAAGGAAUGUGAUCAUCACAGGAAAUAAUAUAUUCAGAAUUGGAUCAGAGACGUUUCAAGAACUGAAAAAUGUCACCACCAUCAUUUUGAGCAACAAUGGGAUCACAGAGGUUGCGUCCCACAGCUUCUCUACCCUUUCUUACCUGCGCUACCUGGACAUGAGCUGCAACCAUCUGGCUCUCAUCCACCCUGAAGCCCUCAACAUCCCAGGGAGUCCUCUAAAGGAGCUCAACCUCAGCCGCUCCCUGUAUAACUACACCUCACUGACUGAUCUCACCACCGCACUGCGCUGGGGAGGCCUAGGAGGGCUGCUCAGCCUAGACCUCUCCGGGAACUGCCUGGUCUUCCUACCCCCAGGGAUGUUCUCCCACCUCCCCAGCCUGCAGCACCUCCUCCUGGGUAACAACUCCCUAGCAUCAGUCUACAACGGCACCUUCUUUGGCCUGCGCCGCCUGGAGCUGCUCGACCUGACCCGCAACUCUUUCAGGGUGUUCGGAAGCGAUGCUCUGGGGGAGCUGGAGAGGCUGGUGCAAGCCCCCCGCAUCCUGCUGAGCCACAACCCCUAUGUCUGCACAUGUGAGAUCCAAGACUUUGCCGUGUGGCUCAAGAGCUCCCGGGCUCAGGUGGGGGAUGCAGAAGCCCUGACCUGCUCCUCACCCUGGGAGUUUCAGGACAGGUCCCUGCAAGGGCUCGGGGUACAAGUUAUUGGAUGCCAUGUCACUUCACCACCUCUGGUCAGAAUCAGAGACGAGAUGGGCGACCUCUCCCUGCAGACCUCCUACGUCCUCCUGGGUCUGGUGCUGGGCUUUGUGGGCAUGGUCUUCCUCUUUGUGCUCUACCUCAACCGGCAAGGUAUUAAAAAGUGGGUGGUGGAGACUCGAGAUGCCUGCCAUGACGUGUUGGAGGGGUAUCAACACCGCUAUGAGAUCGACACUGACCCACGCCGGGAAUACCUCUCAAAAGACGUCGGAGUCGAAGAGAAGCCACCGACAAACGGUAGUUUUGGACAGGCUCACUCAGAUAACCGCUUAUCACAGCUACCCACUGACACCUGUUUAGUUCAGAUCUCCUCAGACACACAGGUCAAGCCAGGCUCCAUCUCGGUGGAUUUGUGAUUCCACAUUCCCUGGAAUGGAACUGGACUGGAGUGAACUUGCAUUCAGGGUUGGGUAGGUUACUUUCUAAAGGUAAUCUGUUACAGUUUAGUUACCUGUCCAAAAUUGU